UGCCUCUUCCCUCCUUUGAAGACGGGGUUUGCAAUUGCAUCCUUCCGACCCCUCAGUAGCCUGGCUUGAGUCAAGGACAUUUUAAAAAUCGGCGUAAAUGGUAAGUAUAUUAUAUCAGUCAGUGAGACUAACAGUCUAUGCUGGAACCCGUCAGGCCCUGCUAACUCACCUGGUUUCAUUUAAAAUGGUGGUUUAAAAACCAUUGCGUAAUCUACUACAACUGGGGUCAUUUUAGUGGCAAUGACAGUGACCUCACUAAAUCCCUGGUGGUGGUAUUCAGAAAGGCUUUUAGCCUUCGCGUCGUCUGAUUAUACCUCCUCCCUAGUAUUGCUUGUCAGUGACGACACAUUACACUGCUAAUUUUUGUCUUACGUUUAAUAUAUGAGUACAUUCUUCCAGGUUAGUGUACACAGUCCACCGCUGUCUUUAGUUCUCUGUGCGACUUUUAUCAGUCAUAUACUCCUCCCGUUCUGUUACAGUAAACCGGUCCCAUAAGCUAUUUUGCUUAACUUAUAGCUUUGACAACCGCGUUGAUAAAAAAGCGUGUUAAUAGACUGACUGUGUAUUCAACAGAAGAUACUAAGGAGUUACAGAAAAGUAAGAAAAACAACCGUGAUUAUGUAAAGUGCUUUACAAUUAAACUAACACAAUUUUUUGAAUACUACUAUGGUCGAGAUAAUCAUUUCUUUCCUUCUUUUACCUUAUACAGUAUGCAUCAAUAUUGAAAGUGUUUUACUACGGAAGGUGACUUAAGAAACUUACACGUAUCCAAAUUAGUUUUGCUCAAAUUAUCAAACUACCUCUUUGGAUAAAAACUUACAUCAAUUUCGUUGAAGUUGACGCUUGUUUCUUUGUAAUCAAACUGAAAUAUAAACAGUUUAGGCACAUAAUCUUUCAUAAUGACUGUUGUCAUAAUCGGUGGAGGUAUUAUUGGUGUUUCAACUGCUUAUUUUCUAUCGAAACGUAAAAUCAACACAUUGAUUAUUGAAAAAGAAGAGCUUGCAUCUGCAGCAUCUGGUCGAGCUGGAGGCUUUCUUGCAAAAGAUUGGUGUUCACACUAUGAAAUGGAUGUUCUAGCUCAAAAUGGUUUUGAUUUACAUAUGAAAUUGGCAGAAGAAUUUGGUGAUGUAUGCGAUUACAGACGUGUCAACACUUAUUCUAUAUCUGUGUCUCCUGGAGAGUCUUCUGGUGUUUCAGGAGCUCCAUCAUGGAUUAGUGGAAAAGUUAAAAGCUGUUCAUUGAUAGGAAAUACUACAAAUACUGCACAGGUGAAUCCAGGAAAACUGACAAGAGAAUUAUUUCGUCGUACUCAACAUUUAACCAAUGAUGGAACACAAGUGAAAAUAGCGCGAGUUAUUGGAUUAGAAUUUGCAAAAUCACAAACAUCUACUCCAUGCGUUGCUGCUGUUCGAGUAAUUGGGUCCUCAUCAUCAGAUUCUCAUACUGAGCUUAUACCAGCUAGUUUAGUUAUCCUUACAGCAGGACCUUGGUCAAGUGAAGCUGUUAAAUGGUUACCAUCAGGUUGUUUAAAGCCGAAUACAUUUCAAGGAAGACGAGCACAUAGUAUUAUAUUAAAGCCUACAGUAGAAAAUUGUCCAAUAGAUGCUAAAUGCUUAUUUAUGGAAUAUCAAGGUUUAGAGUAUAAAUGUUCACCGGAAGUUUAUCCAAGACCGGAUAAUACAGUUUAUGUUUGUGGUCUUGGUGAUGGGGAACCUGUACCAUCUUCAAAAGAUAAAGUCGAAGUAGAAUCUUGGCGUUGUCAUCGAUUGCAAGAAAUAGUCACCAGUGUUAUCCCUUCAUUAAAAGAUGCCGAGGUGGUAACUGAAUCAGCUUGUUACCUGCCUAUAUCAUCUGAUGGUGUACCUGUUAUCGGUAAAGUACCCGGUGUAUCAGGUGUAUACAUUGCAACAGGUAAUUCCUGUUGGGGUAUUCUAACCGGACCAAUUACUGGACGCCUAUUAGCCAGUAUUAUUUUAAAAGAUAAUCCAAAUUUAACACAGAAUAAUAGUUCGGAGGUUAGUGAACAAAUGAAGCUGGAGGAAGAAGAGGCUGGCCGUCGUCUACUUCAACAACCCGGUAUUGAAGAAUUUAAUCCGGAGAGAUUAGUGAUAAGAUAAACUAAUGAGCUCCUUUGUAUCCUUAACUAACUGACUAACUAACUAAUAUCUGAUUUUAUUUUGAUUCGAUUUGAUUCCCUUGUGAAAAAAAGUUCUGUUUUUUUGGAUAACUUAUAAAUAAUGCCUUUUGCCUCCCCCCACCCCUACUAUCUCUCUAAAUGAGUACUUCUCACAGAUUAUUAUUGGAACUGCUUCAAUAUUUACACAUAUAUUUUUUUAUAUAAAACUUUAGUUAAUAUCAUCAUCAGUCCAUUUUUCAAUAUCAUUUACGCAGAUAUGUAGGUAUCAUUCUUUUUGUUCAUAUAUCACCCACCCCCUUUUUUGUGCGCCCGUGUGUGCGUGUGAUAACCCCAUCUGCUCAUUUUUAUUUGAUCCGUAAUUGUUUGCUUUAAUUUAACACUAUAACUUCGAUAGAUAUGAAUAGAACAGAAUAUAAUAUAAUCGUAGAUGGAGG